GGUCCACUGACAGAUUUUUCAAAGCGCAGUCGGGGCGCCAAGUUCCGCCUCGUCCCAAAGUUCAAGAAGGAGAAGAACAACAAGAACAAAGAAACAUGUGCCACGUUCUCUCUGCCAGUUCACCAGUGGGGGACAGAAGAGGUGGGGGCAUGGCUGGACUUUCUGUGUCUCACUGAGUAUAAAGACAUCUUUAUUGGUCACGACGUCCGUGGAGCUGAGCUCAUCCACCUGGAGAGGAGGGACCUAAAGGACCUCGGCGUGACGAAGGUGGGCCACAUGAAGAGGAUCCUGCAGGGCAUCAGAGAGCUGAACAGGAACAGCAGUGCCAGCGAGGCCUAGCUGCUGCCAGCAACAGCUGCCUGCUCUCCUGUGUUGCUAUUCACCACUUCACCUACCUGACCUCUGACCCUGGACCAGCGCCUCAGCCUACAGAUGCAGGUCCAGGACUCGCUCUGAUUGGACUUGGAUCGGUCUGUGCUGGUUCUCAGUAACCUGACUGAACCCAGACACCCAGGAUUUCAGGAGAAACAACCAAUUACAUGACCCCACAGUGCCUUGUCACCCCACCCACCAGCCAAUCAGCAGGAGGUCAAGGAGGGCGGGGUUUAUCAUUCAGGACGUUUGUGUUCCUGCAGGCUGUUGAAAUGUUCAGGAAACACAGAGCUCUCACUGUGCAUCUCGUGACCGUCUGCGUCAUGUUUCAGGAAGUCAGAGAAGCUCCCAACCUGAUUUCACUGCUGGAGGAGGAGCCAGAACAUCACUGUUGGUUUGAGUGUCUGAGCAUCAGAACGAGAAGACUCUCACCUGACCAAUCAUAAGCCGUGUCAGUCGCUGCCCGAGGUGUAUCCCCACUUUGAAACUCGUCAGACCCAGAUCCAGUCUGCAGGACUGAGGUGCCCACCUGUAAGUCAGCAGCAGACCAAUCACAGUGUCCUCUGGUCUCUGACACGUUUAACCCUUUAAUGACUUUACUUCAGGCUGCUGAGCAGGAAUUCUGUAACUUCAUCACCAAAGUGUGGACACCUGAGGGGGGAGGGCUUAUGUUGCCCAGGUAACAGCAGCUGUAGCAGGUCAGAUAUUUAUGUCUUGUAUGGAGUGAUCUGUGGAGUCCAGAAAGUAUCUUUAAGAAGAGUCAUGAUGAGGAGAUGCUGGAGGAGGGGUCCUGUGCCCUUCAGGCCUGCAUUUGUGUGGAUUCUACUUCUGAGGUUUAAGAUAAGCCUUAAGCUCCGCCUUUCUGGGGGCGCAGCAUCAUGUUUCAUAUCGUUCUUAUCUGUCCAGCGUGCUUAUUUUAACACAAACUUAUCAGACAUGACAGGACCUCCUCCUGCCUGUGGACACUCACCUCAGCCCUGUGACAUCACAGGAGCGUGUUGUUUACCUGAAUCCAAACGAGCCUUAAACGCACCGUCAGCCCUGCCAUUUCAGCUGGACGCUGCCCUGCCACUGCGAUCUGAUGAUGUCAGCUGCUGUAAAUGUUUUGUUGAAAAGCGCAGAUGUGUUGGGUUUAUAAAGCAUCUCCCUGUCUGUCUGUCACAAACACAGCUCCAAGUUCAAAGUUACAAACUCAGCAGAGUUAUGUUUCUGUCAAAGGUGACGCGAGACAAGACGCCAUCACAAGGCCUGAGGACCGGAAGUGUGUGCGUGAGGACAGGGCGUGUGUGUGUGUGUGUGUGUGUGGUUCAUCCACAGCAGAAAUCCCAGCGACAGCUCAGACAUCGUGUUCUCCGUCAUACGUGUGCUGUUCCUGCCUGUAUUUAUACGAGCCGGCCGUCAUCACCAGUUCUUUGACAGAAGGUAAUAAAAAUCACUCAGACGUGUGGAGAAACGGUGUGUGUGUUGGAUGCUGAUGUUCCGUCUGUGGUCGAGAUCAGAAGCUGCACCGCUUCCGUCCGUUCAACAGUUACCAGUUCGGGACUCGCGGUAAUGUUCGCUCCCAGCGGCACAGCGAAGCCGAUCGUCAGGUUUGUGACACAGAAGGAAAGAAAAGCAAAGACGCUGUGUCUCAUUUAUCAAGAGUAUCCGCCACAGGACCGCACACGUCUUUGAAACACUGCAAACAUCCCAGUUUAUGGAAGUAGCAUCUGAUCCACGAGGUUAGCAUCAUGUUUGAGUAGAAGUUCAGUCAAAGUAAAGCCAAGAGCCGCUCCUCAGAUCAUGGUCUCUUCCUCUAGGCGGCGCUGGAAUGUGCUCAAUACCACUAAGUGACUAAAGUGGGCCGGGCGACCUCGGUCCAGCUCCCCGAUCCUCUGUCCAGUUUGCUGAUGGUUUUACACACACGAGCUCCACCAUGAGGGCAGCUCAUCAUUUAUACAGGCAGGUUCACAGGAUGCAGACGGUUUUCUGGAGAUGCAGGUGAAGUGCAGACGUUCAGCUUUGACUCAGUGAGUUAAACACAGACUGCUACAGACUUUAUAACACGCCGUCAUUUCAGGGCUCCAGGGUAUGGAAGCCUGUUUCUGCCACUAAGGGGGGAAAAAGGAUCCAUAACUCAAGAUUUUGAGUUAUUUUCUUGAAAUUUCGAGUUGGCGCUGCCAAUCAGUAAUCUACGUGAAUGAUGUCAUUUCCUUGUUACCCGGAAGCUGAAGCCCUCAGGUACAAAUGCUACAGCUACAUGCAGUCAUGAAUGCACAGAUUGCUGAGUAUUUUCAGCGUGGCUUCAAACGAUGAAAUCCUUGUGCUAUUAGCUGAAUCACAUGGCGUUACUAUCAGCAAACGUACUCGCGAAAGCGCCAGUUUGUUGCGAUCCGGUUUUGAAUGCGCGCUACUUUGCACCAUAUGCUUCCAGAUAACAAGUGACCUCAUUCAUGUAGAUUACUGAUUGGCAGAGCUAAGUCGAAAUUUCGAGUUAUGUUUCUCCAAAUUUCGACUUAUUAACUCAAAAUUUCGAGUUAAUAACUCGAAAUUUGGAGAAACAUAACUCGAAAUUUCGACUUAUGGAUACUUGGGUUUUUUGGCGUAAACGGGCUUCCAUACUAAGGUAAGUAAAGAUAAGUGAAAAUAAAACGUUCAUUUCUAACACUUGGUUGCAAACCCUCCGCUGACACUGACAGCUCAUGGACGUUACCAUGUGCUUCUUUGCUCUUUAAUGCGCUGCCACCUUUACUGCAGCAGCUCUCAGCUGCUGUUUGUUUGUGGACAUUUCUGUCUUCAACCAGUGAAAUGCUCGCUGGCUUCAGAUCAGCUGACUGAACAAUGUUCCCCGUGUCUGCGGUGAUAAACUCCGGGGUUGCUUUGGCAGACGGUCGGUCUGUUCUGCAUCGACAAAAACCAUCAGCUUCAUUAACAUGAAAUAAAGUUGUGUUUAGUCAACAUUAAUCUUUGUUGUAUAACUGCACAACUUUCAUACCAACAUGAUUUGUGUGUUUGUCAUUCAUGUGAACUCUUUGCAGUCACCUCAUGUUAAAAUAACACCGACAGUUUGGUUACAUUUACACCUGUUUAUGUUGACUUUAUGUUAAACUGAUAUGAUUUUAUCAGAAGAAUUAUUUAUUCUGUCAAGCUGCUGUUUAACAUGUUUGCAGUAAAUGGAUUUUCUACAUCCUCUAAAAAGCACCUUAAAAACAGUAAGACAAUAAACACAAACACUCCUUUAACCA